GAGAUUUCUGCAUCGUGGACGUUUUCUUGGCGGUUUUGCACCAAAUUUGUUGCGGCAGCAAGGCCAGAGAGUUUGCCUUGACUCCCCUCACUACCAAAAUAAAUGCACAGGGCAGGAUUGUUCCACUGAGCAGCCGUGACUGGGGAGAGAGGAGAAGGAAGGAGAUGGUACGUGCCGACAGCUCGAAAGUGAUUGCGGGGAGGAUUGCUAUGUAUGAGAGAGUUCAGGGGGGAAACGGGAGCAACUCACACAGGCAGCCAGGGCUGCCAGGAUGGCGAGAGCCAAGCUGAAGAAUUCCCCUUCAGAGAGCAAUGCCCACGUCAAAACCGUCCCAGCAGGCACGACAGAAGAUGUGCACGGGGUGAGCCCCUUGUUACCGUCUCGGAGGAUGGGAUCCAUGGGGAGUGAUGUCGGACAAAGGCCUCACGCCGAGGAUUUCAGCGUGGAUUCCUCCUUCUCACAGGUGCAGGUCGAGUUCUACGUGAAUGAAAACACCUUCAAGGAGCGGCUGAAGCUCUUCUUCAUCAAAAACCAGCGAUCGAGCCUGAGGAUCCGGCUCUUCAACUUCUCUCUGAAGCUGCUGACGUGCCUGCUGUACAUCGUGCGCGUGCUGCUGGACAACCCUGAGGAGGGCAUCGGCUGCUGGGAAUGUGAGAAGCAGAAUUACACAGCCUUCAACCAGUCCACCAACAUCAACUGGUCCCACAUCUUUUGGGUGGACAGGAAAACCCCUCUGUGGGCCGUGCAGGUCAGCAUCGCCCUCAUCAGCUUCCUGGAGACCAUGCUGCUCACCUAUCUCAGCUACAAGGGGAACAUCUGGGAGCAGAUUUUUCGCAUUUCCUUCAUCCUGGAGAUGAUCAACACGGUGCCAUUCAUCAUCACAAUAUUCUGGCCUCCUUUGCGGAAUUUGUUCAUUCCUGUGUUUCUGAACUGCUGGCUGGCCAAGUACGCCCUGGAGAACAUGAUUAACGAUCUGCACCGAGCCAUCCAAAGGACACAGUCGGCCAUGUUCAACCAGGUGCUCAUCCUCAUCUGCACCCUCCUGUGUCUCGUUUUCACGGGGACCUGCGGCAUCCAGCACUUGGAAAGAGCAGGUGAGAAGCUCUCCCUCUUCAAGUCCUUCUAUUUCUGCAUCGUCACCUUUUCCACCGUGGGCUACGGAGACGUGACACCAAAGAUUUGGCCUUCCCAGCUGCUCGUGGUGAUCAUGAUCUGCGUGGCCCUGGUGGUGCUGCCUCUCCAGUUCGAGGAGCUGGUGUACCUGUGGAUGGAGCGGCAGAAGUCGGGGGGCAACUACAGCCGGCACCGCGCGCAGACCGAGAAGCACGUGGUGCUGUGCGUCAGCUCCCUCAAGAUCGACCUCCUCAUGGACUUCCUCAACGAGUUCUACGCCCACCCUCGCCUGCAGGAUUACUACGUGGUGAUCCUGUGCCCCACGGAGAUGGACAUCCAGGUGCGGCGCGUGCUGCAGAUCCCCCUGUGGUCCCAGAGGGUCAUCUACCUCCAGGGCUCUGCCCUCAAGGACCAGGACCUGAUGAGAGCCAAGAUGGACAAUGGAGAAGCUUGCUUCAUCCUCAGCAGCCGGAACGAGGUGGACAGAACAGCAGCUGACCACCAGACCAUCCUGAGGGCCUGGGCUGUCAAAGACUUUGCUCCAAACUGUCCUCUCUAUGUUCAGAUCUUAAAGCCAGAAAAUAAAUUCCAUGUCAAGUUUGCAGAUCACGUUGUGUGUGAGGAGGAGUGCAAAUACGCCAUGCUGGCCCUGAACUGUGUCUGCCCUGCCACCUCCACCCUCAUCACGCUGCUGGUGCACACCUCCCGUGGCCAGGAGGGCCAGGAGUCUCCGGAGCAGUGGCAGAGGAUGUACGGGCGCUGCUCGGGCAAUGAGGUCUAUCACAUCCGCAUGGGGGACAGCAAGUUCUUCAUGGAGUACGAGGGCAAGAGCUUCACCUACGCCGCCUUCCACGCGCACAAGAAGUAUGGUGUCUGCCUGAUCGGGAUCCGCAGGGAAGAGAACAAGAGCAUCCUGCUGAACCCCGGCCCCAGGCACAUCAUGGCAGCCUCGGACACCUGCUUCUACAUCAACAUCACCAAGGAGGAGAACUCUGCCUUCAUCUUCAAGCAGGAGGAGAAGCAGAAGAAGAAGGGCUUUGCGGGCAGCUAUGAUGGCCCCUCCCGGCUGCCCGUGCACAGCAUCAUCGCCAGCAUGGCCCGGUGCUGGAGCUGGCUGACACCUCCUCCCUGCUGCCCUGCGACCUCCUCAGCGACCAGUCCGAGGACGAGAUGACGCAGUCGGACGAGGAGGGGUCAGCAGUGCUCGAGUACGUGAAGGGCUACCCCCCAAACUCGCCCUACAUCGGGAGCUCCCCGACCCUGUGCCACCUGCUGCCCGAGAAAGCCCCGUUCUGCUGCCUGAGGCUGGACAAGGGCUGCAAACACAACAGCUUUGAGGACGCCAAGGCCUACGGCUUCAAGAACAAGCUGAUCAUCGUUUCUGCAGAGACAGCGGGGAACGGCCUCUACAACUUCAUCGUCCCGCUGCGCGCCUACUACCGCUCCCGCAAGGAGCUCAACCCCAUCGUGCUGCUGCUGGACAACAAGCCUGAGCACCACUUUCUGGAGGCCAUCUGCUGUUUCCCCAUGGUUUACUACAUGGAGGGCACCAUUGACAACCUGGACAGUUUGCUGCAGUGUGGCAUCAUCUACGCUGACAACUUGGUGGUGGUGGACAAGGAGAGCACCAUGAGUGCUGAGGAGGACUACAUGGCAGAUGCCAAGACCAUUGUCAACGUCCAGACCAUGUUCAGGCUCUUCCCCAGCCUCAGCAUUAUCACGGAGCUGACCCACCCCUCCAACAUGAGGUUCAUGCAGUUCAGAGCAAAGGACAGUUACUCUCUGGCCCUUUCCAAGCUAGAAAAGAGAGAGCGAGAGAAUGGCUCCAACCUGGCCUUCAUGUUCCGGCUGCCCUUCGCUGCCGGGAGAGUCUUCAGCAUCAGCAUGCUGGACACGCUGCUGUACCAGUCGUUUGUGAAGGAUUACAUGAUCACCAUCACUCGGCUGCUGCUGGGCCUCGACACCACGCCGGGCUCCGGGUACCUCUGUGCGAUGAAGAUCACUGAGGAUGACCUGUGGAUCCGGACGUACGGGCGCCUCUUCCAGAAGCUCUGCUCCUCCAGUGCCGAGAUCCCCAUCGGCAUCUACCGGACGGAGUCGCACAUGUUCGCCACCUCCGAGCCCCACGACAUCCGAGCGCAGUCACAGAUCUCAAUCAAUGUUGAGGACUGCGAGGACACCAAGGACGUCAAGGAGCACUGGGGCAUCAAGACGAGCCACCACCGCAACUCGUGCUCCAGCGACCAGUCGGAGCACCCGCUGCUGCGGCGCAAGAGCAUGCAGUGGGCGCGGCGGCUCAGCAGGAAGGGCAACAAGCACUCCAGCAAGACGGCCGAGUGGAUCAGCCAGCAGCGCCUCAGCCUGUACCGCCGCUCCGAGCGCCAGGAGCUCUCCGAGCUCGUCAAGAACCGCAUGAAGCACCUGGGCCUGCCCACCACCGGGUACGAGGAUGUAGCAAAUUUAACAGCCAGUGAUGUGAUGAAUCGGGUAAACCUGGGAUAUUUGCAAGAUGAGAUGAACGACCACCAGAACACCUUGUCCUACGUCCUGAUCAAUCCCCCCCCGGACACGCGGCUGGAGCUCAACGACAUCGUGUACCUGAUCCGCUCCGACCCUCUGGCUCACGUGGCCAACGACGGCCACAGCCGCAAGAGCAGCUGCAGCAACAAGCUGGGCUCGGGCAACCCCGAGACGCGCGAUGAGACCCAGCUGUGAGCGCUGCCAGGGCGGGCAAGGACAGCCCGGCCGUGCCCGCGGGAGGAUGCCCAGCCUGGCAUGGAUGCCGUGCCCACGGGACGAUGCCCGGAGCCCCGGCACGGCCGGACGCAGCCGGUGGCCGUGUGUGCCCCCGGGGAUUUUAACUUUUCUACCGAUACCGCAACUAGUGAGACAGCGUUCGCUGGUGCUGGUGGGACAGGGCUGAGCCCAGAUGCCAAUGGGAGCAGGGCUGGCGUUGGUGUCAGCCUGGAGGGUGCAGGUUGGUAAAGACAGAGGAAAACUGCACCGAAACCCUGCUCCUCCUCCUCCUCCUCCUUCACCAGGUGUCCCCCGGGGUGCCCAAACUCUGUCACUCACGUUCUUCAUCCUUGGCGGGGUUUCUGUUCUGGGCACUGGGUGAGGACUCUGGUGGCCGUGGCACAGCCGGGAUGGAGGGGACAGGGCACGGCAGGGCCCCCACGCCUUGGGACACCUCACAAACCAGGACAUGCCAGGGCAUUGAGAGCGGGGCCGGCUCUGUGGCAGAGCCUUGGGGCACCUCACAAACCCUGGGCACACCAAGCAGGGCCAGCUCUGUGGCAGAGCCUUGGGGCACCUCACAAACCCUGGGCACACCAAGCAGGGCCAGCUCUGUGACAGAGCCUUGGGGCACCUCACAAACCAGGACACCAAAAGCAGGGCCAGCUCUGUGGCAGCGCCCUGGAGCCCCUGGGUUUGUGUCCUGCUGGGGCUGAGCUGCCCAGGGGAUUGGGGAUGCUGGGCUGUGGAGGUUUGGUGGCUCCAUUCACCCUUUCCAGCCACACCCCCUGUGUGUCCUGGCCGUGUCCUGCUGUCCCUCCCCUCCCCGUGGUCACAGCUGGUGGCACCGUGAUGGCAGCGGGUUCUGCCUGUCCCCACAGCCCCCCUGGCAGCUCCAGCCCCCCUGCUCGGCUCUGUCCCCCCUGUCCCCGUGGCUUCCCCUGCAGCAGAGGUGCAUGAACGUCCCCCCCGACCUGCCGGGACCUGGCACCGCCACAAACACCAGAUGUGUUUCCAUCCUGCUUUUGCACAUUCUGCAAUGAUGUGGAAAGGGUUUAUUUGACUGCCAAGUGAAUAACUGAGUUGUUGACUUUCUAUACUUUCAUGUUCAUAUCUUACAAUUCCAAUGUGAUUUUUUUUCUUUUUUUUUAGCAAGGAGCUUGUAAAGCACAACAUGGCCAUGAAAUCCCAUCAGCUUCCUGCACUCACUGAAUGGUUUAUUGCCAUUACCAUUCACUGUUUGCUCCCCAAUGCACCCCCAAUCAAUGUUUACAAAGAAAACAAGCCAAAACCUGAUUUAAGUGAGUUUUAAACAGCUGGAGAGAUGCCCCAACCUGUGGGGAUGUGCUGCCCAUCCUGCCCAUGGCCCUGAGGGAGGGCAGAGAUGCCCAGGGCAGGACCAGUGCCAAAGCUGGUAUCACCUCGAGAAGGCUGAGAGGGACCUGCUGUGCCUGGAUGAGGUUUGGGGUCCAGAUUUUAUUUUUUUUUAAUUGUUGUUUUUUCCUGAAGUGCCAGGCAGGAGCCCCUGAGUGGUGGCACAUGCCAGGCUUGGUGAGGUACCACAGGUAAAAGCAAAGAGUGCAUUCCUCCCACCCUGCUGAGCUGUGGGCACAAACAGAACUGCCUUUAAAGCUUUUUUGGGUUGUUUUGAUGGAUUUUUAAUGAUUCGUUUUGGAUCUGUUUGGUUUAGGCAGGCACAAUGUUUUAUUUAUUUCUGUUUGUAGCUUCACAUGCCAAAUCUGUCAUUUAAAAGUGGCAAAAAGAAAUUAUAGGCUAAAAAGUGGGUGUGGUUGAAGUACAAAAGGACACGUGGGCUCUGUGUAACUUAAAGCCUCAGGAUGCUCAGAUCAUGGAGUGUGAAUGUAUUUAAUUUUCUGAAUUUAAUAUGGAUCAUUUUCCAAACCCCACUUUGCUUUCAAGGGAGAGUGGAACAAAGCAGUAUUACAGGUUAGAAAAAACCAAACCAGCAAACAAAAAAAAGCCCAGCCCAAAUUAAACAAAAGGUGUGAUUAUUUGAAUAUAUUUACUGAGAACAUUUUUAUGAUUUUUUGUUUGUUUGGCUGUGAGCUGUGUGUGAGAGCACAGGGAAGACAGCGCAGCUCCUCAGCUCAACCCUCCCAUGGCAAGAAAAUUAAAUUUCUUUUAAAAACCCUUAAUUUAUUUAAAUUUAAAAUUUAAAUUUAAGUAUUCCAGCCCCAGCCCUGAGCAGCCAGGUCAGCCUUGUGGCCACAUCCAGGCUCUGUGCUCCAGAGGCUCCACCGGCCGUGGUGCUGGGUCCCUCCUUGCUCAGCGGGCACACACAGCUCCUUCCUGCCCUCAACCCGGGCAGAAAACAAUCCCAGGAGGAAACUCCUGUGCCAAAAGGACUGAGGCCUCUGUGUGCUCUGUGAUAUGAUCAGAGUGCCCUGGAUAUUCCUGUAUUUUGACAACGCUUCUGUUUGUUCCGUGUACAAAUCCCUGCCUUUGAAGCAGAAGCUCCGUGUACAAAGCCUCGGGUUCCUCCUCUGGUGUAAAUUUCCAGCCGACCUUCCCGUGGGAUGGGGAAAAAACCCUGUAAAUACUCACCUGUGGCCAAUGCAAGUCUGAGAACCAAGGGUUCGUUUUUCUAAUUCCUUAGCCUCAGUUACAAUACUAAUGUAAAAAAACAAAAGCAGUUUAUUUUUCUAACGGUCCUGGAAAUGUUGAUGCAGCGACAAAGAGUCGCUCCUGCCGCUGAAAGGGCCCACAAGGAGCUUCCAUGGGAGCAGGAGAAUGGCUGCUGCUUCCAGCCAUGGAAAAAUCCCAUUUUCUGCAGGAAAUAGUUGUGUUCCAAUGCAGGGACCUGGCAGGCCCUGGGGGAUGCAGGAACGAGGACAGCUGGGAUGUUCUGGGGCUCUCCGGCGCAUGUUCCGUGCCCACUGACGGUUUGGUAUGGACUAAACCCACAUAUCCCGCAUUAAACUCAACUACUCCAACCAAUGUUAUCAGCAUAUUUAUUUCCUGUUAUCCCCCUUUUUAUUUAACCUCUAUAGAACAGGACAGUUUUAUUCCAAGCUCAGCUCCUGCAUGGAUUUUUAUCAGCAGCAGCGACGGCCGUGGUUCCGCUGCUCUGCUGGAUCAGCCAGCCAGGGGAGAGGGUUUUGUACAAUUCCUGUGAAGAUGCUUCACAUUUCUGUAAAGAUAAAUGACAAUAAAAGAGCUGCAUGCAGCAACAGGAGA